AAGCGGGAAACCCAAACACACACACACACACACUCAUGUCUCGACGGGACGCGACAGAUGGCGGUUUCAAAUAUGUAUUUGGCAUUUUGCGCUCGUUGUACCCAGUCGUGCAGACUCUGGAGGAGUUCGCAGAUGGGCUUGUGUUUUCUGAUGGACGGAAGCCGGCUCUUCUGGAGGAAAGAGACGGAGCGCGUUUUAAAAAUCUAGUCAGAGGACUGAUGAUAUGCGCGUUCACGCCACCGCAGCAGCAGCGCGUGCCCGCACAGCUCAGCACGCUUCCGGAGGUUCUGGCGUUCACCCUAAACCACAUUAAACGGAAGAAGCUGAGGAACGUCCUGGGAUUCGGCUAUCAGUGCAAUGACGUGUCGGCCUGUUCGGAUCCGUUCCGGUUUCACGGAGACGUUUCGCAGACGGCGGCGUACAUCAGCACUAGCGAGCUGUGGAAGCGGAUCAACCAGCGUCUGGGAACCGAGGUCACGCGACACCUGCUACAGGACUGCGCCGUGUUCGCUACCGUCCCGCCCACGUGUUUGCUUCAGGUGUGCGGAGAGCCCGUGUACGACCGGCUGAUCCCGAGCGCAUGGUCCGGGUUUUCCCUCAGCCACGUCUCGGCUCAAACACAGAAAAAUUCGGGUAUCCCAUGGAAAACGAUCACAAGAGACGCUACCACGAGAACAAGAGAUGCGAAGAUAAGCGCAAGAGACGCUAAGACGUUCACAAGAGAUGCUAAGACGUUCGCAAGACACAUUAAGAUGAGCAAAAGAGAUGUUAAGAUGAUCGCAAGAGGUGCUAAGACAAUCGCAAGAGAUGCUAAGACGAGCGUAACAGAUGCUAAUACGGUCACAACAGAUGCUAAGAUGUUAACAGUCUCGAAAAAGAGAGCAAGAGAUGACGAGAAGCACGAUAAACAUCCUGUUAUGAAGAAGCGAAAAGUGAUUACGGAUGAAUCCGACGGGCCGCCGACCGCAAAAUCACGGAUCUCGGAGCUGGAAGCCCGCGGAGCAACGCCCUCCCCGACCGUCACACUGCGCGAUACGCGUCCUAAGCAUGCUUUAUAA